UAUCAUUAAAAAGUAUUUAGGGAAAUUAAUGAAACCCUAAAAAAAAAAAAGAAAAAGAAAAACAGAAAUAUAAUCAGAACAUGAUGAGUAUAUAGACAUAACCAUAUGUCCCCAUUUCUUCUAUUCAGACAGGCAGUUCUGCAUGUCUUUCUCUUCUCUCUCUCUCUAACCUUAAAACCCCAAUCUCUCAUUCUUCCAACUUAAAAAGCCAAAAAAAAAAAAAAAAAAAAAGCUCUGAUUUCUUCUUCAAUGGCGACUCCAAUCCACACAGGAAGAGAAGAAACCAAGCCCCACGAACCGCCCAAAACCAGACCCGGCAGAAAAACCGGUGCCAGAAACCCCCACCAAAAAAAACCGCCGCAGAGAGGCCUCGGCGUCGCUCAGCUCGAACGCUUAAGGCUUCAAGACAAGUGGAAUAAAAUUACCGAAAUGUCCCCUCCCCAUCACUUCAUCCAAUCCCACUCUCCCACCUUCCUCCUCGACAAUACUUUAACCAAUUUUCCCUUGCAGUUUCCCGCCGCCGCUCCGGUAAUGGUUGCUACUGACUCCGGCGGCGGCGGCGGCGUUUUGGGGUUUGACCACCAGGGUUUGGUCGUUCAGAGGAUCGGAAAUCAUGGUGGGUUUCUCGCUGGCGGUGAGCCGUAUUCACACGGUGGCGGAGUUUUGAUUGGGAAUUCCAGCGUUGAGGCCUCGAGAGAGCUCUCUUCAAUCCCAAAAUUGCCGCCGCCGUCGCUGCCACCUUCGUGCGAUUCUGAUCAUUGCGAUAUUUGCUUCAAGAAGAAACGAGUCAACUUCAGCAAUUUAAUGAAAGAGAAGAACAUCAACAUCGCCGCUGCAGAAACGCCGCCACUAGCGGCGGCUGGUUUCGAUUUUCUCGGACUGAGUACAACAAAUUCCACCGCGGAAUUAAACAACUCCACCGUCGUGAAUCAUCACGCGAAUCCCGAUUUCGGUUUCAGUUUCAAUUUCAAUUUCAACCAGGGAAGGAGCGGCGGCAACAGCGGCAGCGGCAGCGGCGGCGGAGGAGGAAAUGGUGAAGGAAGUAGCAGAUUAAUGGAGUACGAGUUUUUCCCAAGGAAAAAUUGCAGAGGCACAGAGAUCGAGGAACUGAAAAUGCCAAAGGAAGAAUUAAGUUUAUUUGGAGAAGAAAAUGAAGAAGAAGAAGAAGUGCUGGCAGUGGAUCAUGGAGAAGGUUCUUGUAUUACUACAAGCUGCAAUGAUAUCAUUAAUGGCGGUACCAGAAAUUCCACUGCUCUUGAUUUAUCUCUCAAGCUUUCAUUUUAGAUCCAAAAAUGGUGGAAUCCCUUUUUUCUUCCUCAUUUCCAUGUGAAUCAGACCCCCAUUUAUAUAUAUACCCACCAUUUUAUUUUUAUUUUCA